AUGAGCUGCUUUACAUUCCUGAAGGUCAUGAUGAUUUUGUUUAACCUGGCCAUAGUUCUUGGUGGAGCUACACUGCUGGGCAUUGGGAUCUGGGUCAGUGUCGACAGUAAAUCCUUCCUCCAAAUAUUUGGUACUUUGUCCGCUAACGUCUUACAAUUUGUGAAUGUGGGCUACCUUCUCAUUGCCCUUGGAAGCGUCCUGUUUGUGCUGGGCUUCCUGGGAUGCUGUGGAGCUCAGAAAGAGAGCAAGUGCCUUCUGAUCAUGUUCUUUACCAUUAUCCUGAUCAUCUUUAUAGUUGAAGUUGCUGGUGCAGUAGUGGCCUUGGUCUACACAACACUUGCAGAGACAAUAUUGCAAGGAACAGUGACACAAGUAUUGAAGAAUGAGUAUGGGAAAUCUAAAGACAUUACUGAAGUAUGGAAUACCACAAUGAAGGAACUGAAAUGCUGCGGUAUGUUGAAUUUCACGGACUUUAAUGACUCCUUUUAUGUCAAGAAAUACAAUGAGUAUCCAGAAUAUUGCUGUGUCUCUCAGGCUCCUUGCAAUGAAAGUGUGGCUGAAAUCAGUGCAGUAAACGGCUGCUUCCAUCAGAUACUGACUGAAAUCCGUAAGAAUGCUGGCGUAGUAGGUGGAGUUGCUGCUGGGAUCUGUGCCCUGGAGAUAGCAGCAAUGACUGUGGCGAUGUACCUUUAUUGCCGCCUGGAUGAGAAGUGA